AUGGACGUGCCGCCGCUGCGCCGGGCGCUGCUGCUGUGGCAGCUGCUGGCGGCGGGCGGCGCGGCGCUGGAGAUCGGCCGCUUCGACCCGGAGCGCGGGCGCGGGCCGGCGCCGUGCCAGGCGGUGGAGAUCCCUAUGUGCCGCGGCAUCGGCUACAACCUGACCCGCAUGCCCAACCUGCUGGGCCACGAGUCGCAGCGCGAGGCGGCCGCCAAGCUGGACGAGUUCGCGCCGCUCGUGCAGUACGGCUGCCACAGUCACCUGCGCUUCUUCCUGUGCUCGCUCUACGCGCCCAUGUGCACCGACCAGGUCUCGACGCCCAUCCCCGCCUGCCGGCCCAUGUGCGAGCAGGCCCGCCUGCGCUGCGCGCCCAUCAUGGAGCAGUUCAACUUCGGCUGGCCGGACUCGCUGGACUGCGCGCAGCUGCCCACGCGCAACGACCCGCACGCGCUCUGCAUGGAGGCCCCGGAGAACGCCACGGCCGGCCCCGCCGAGUCCCACAAAGGCCGCGGCAUGCUGCCCGUGGCGCCGCGGCCCGCACGGCCCCCCGGCGACGGCGCCCCGGGGCCCAGCGGCGCCUGCGAGAACCCCGAGAAGUUUCAGUACGUGGAGAAGAGUCGCUCGUGCGCCCCGCGCUGCGGGCCGGGCGUCGAGGUGUUCUGGUCGCGGCGGGACAAGGACUUCGCGCUCGUCUGGAUGGCCGUGUGGUCGGCUCUGUGCUUCUUCUCCACCGCCUUCACCGUGCUCACCUUCCUGCUGGAGCCUCACCGUUUCCAGUACCCCGAGCGCCCCAUCAUCUUCCUCUCCAUGUGCUACAACGUCUACUCGCUGGCCUUCCUUAUCCGCGCCGUGGCCGGGGCCCAGAGCGUGGCCUGUGACCAGGAGGCGGGCGCGCUGUACGUGAUUCAGGAGGGCCUGGAGAACACGGGCUGCACACUCGUCUUCCUGCUUCUCUACUACUUUGGCAUGGCCAGCUCACUGUGGUGGGUGGUCCUGACGCUCACCUGGUUCCUGGCGGCCGGCAAGAAAUGGGGCCACGAAGCCAUUGAGGCCCACGGCAGCUACUUCCACAUGGCAGCCUGGGGCCUGCCGGCCCUCAAGACCAUCGUCAUCCUGACCCUGCGCAAGGUGGCCGGGGACGAACUGACCGGGCUGUGCUACGUGGCCAGCAUGGACGCAGCUGCGCUCACCGGCUUCGUGCUGGUGCCCCUGUCCUGCUACCUGGUGCUCGGCACCAGCUUCCUCCUGACGGGCUUCGUGGCUCUCUUCCACAUCCGCAAGAUCAUGAAGACAGGCGGCACCAACACUGAGAAGCUGGAGAAGCUCAUGGUCAAGAUUGGGGUCUUCUCCAUUCUCUACACAGUGCCCGCCACUUGCGUCAUUGUUUGCUACGUCUAUGAGCGCCUGAACAUGGACUUCUGGCGCCUGCGGGCCAUGGAGCAGCCCUGCACAGCGGCUCCAGUGCCUGGAGGCCGGAGGGACUGCUCACUGCAAGAGGGCUCGGUGCCCACCGUGGCUGUCUUUAUGCUCAAAAUCUUCAUGUCGCUAGUGGUAGGCAUCACCAGCGGAGUCUGGGUGUGGAGCUCCAAGACUUUCCAGACCUGGCAAAGCCUGUGCCAGCGUAAGAUUGCCGCAGGCCGGGCCCGGGCAAAGGCCUGUCGGGCCCCCGGGAGCUAUGGCCGGGGCACCCACUGCCACUACAAGACCCCCACUGUGGUCUUGCACAUGACUAAAACGGACCCCUCUCUGGAGAACCCCACACACCUCUAGGACAGGCCUGGCUUCUAGCCCUCCCCCUCCUGAAGCAACAGCUGACUAGCAGCUGCCCAGCUAUCAAGGUCAGGCAAGCGAGUGCAAGGGGGCCAAGGACCAGGGCGAGGAGACUUCUUAAGCCCCUUGCUUGUCAGGGUCCAUCGAGGUUCACCCCUCACCUCCCACUGAGUCCUACAGGGUGCUGGAGCGGGGAGGGACAGGGGGCACAGUCCAGCAGGGAGUUUAUUUAAUGAUGUAAUUUAUUGUUGAGCUUCUCUCGAAGCUGUGGCUGGAAUAAACCCCCGUGUGGCACUGCUGAGUCCUCUCUGGGUUGGAAAGGGGGAAGGUAGGAGGGUGAAGGCUCCAGAGGAAUCUCCCUUGUGAACAGAACCUGGGGUGGUUGCUGGGCUCAUCGCCGGGCCCCCCCCUUCCUCUGGCUUCUCACCAAUCGAGAGGAAAUCCUCUUGUGGGACAGCUGCGUUCUGUGAGUGUCCCAGACUCUGUGUGUGUGUGAGUGUGAGUGCUCCCCUUUCCUGUCUGUGCCCCUUUUGGAAGCCUCUGCUUGUCUCUGAGGCCUGAGCUUUGUGCUCCGAAGUGGGUCUGGGAUGCCUGCAGGGCCCCCACCUCUGGCUCUAGGAAGUCUAACUUAUUGGCAGCCUGUGGGCAAGCUUUCCCUUCUCCAGACUUCGCUCUCCUCAUUUGUGUAUAAAAUGAGGGUGCUGGCAGGUCUCAAAGUUGGUACCUGCUCCCACUGUUCUCUACAGGCCCAUCUUGCUGUCCCCACAUGGGGCCUUGGGGGCUGAGGCCGAUGUCCUCACUGCCUUCUCUCCAGGAUAGCUAGUGUGGCCACAGUUGGGGCCCCUCACCCCACUAUCUCAUACUUCAGGGUGGGGCUGGACUGGAAUGUGGGCAUCUUGCUGGCACAGAGGCUUGAAGAUGGGAGCCCUUGAGUGUGGUAGGAACUGGAACCCCAGCUCCUUCAGGGUUGUGGAAAGACUGGAGGUGCUGACAGCAGCAGUGAGAUGGGGCGGGCAGAGACUCCUCAUAGCUCCUUACUGGGGUGGCUUGCACAUUCGUGUGCCACGGCAGCCCAGGGCUGCUGGGACCUGCUCCCAUCUGUGUCCACUGUAAGUUAUGCAUGUGUGUCCUGGAGCCCUCCACCAGUGUGGGGUCAGGCUCCUGGGUCCCAUCUUAGCUGCUGUGCCCCAGCCCAGUGACGGUCUUGGUUUCCAUCCCUGGGUGCAUAAUACACACACCCAGCUUUCAGUGUCAACGCUAGGAGGCUCCAAGGGCCCAGCCCCUGCCAGCCUCACUUUAGAGCUAAAGGCCCUAAAGGGGAAGAAGGGAGGAGCUCACCUGCCCAAGAUCAACUGCUUCCUGUCAGUGGUAGGGCUGAGCGUCCUCUUGGGCCCCUCGGGCCAGAGCUCUGCCCUGCACAAACGCCAGUCCCACAGGGACAAGAAAGAAACAGGAUGGAGUCACAGGUCAGGGCACAUUCCCACAGAUCCGUCAUGGAUUGAGGAGGUUUAAAGGCUCUCCAAGGAAAGCCUGUGGCACAGUGGGUUAAGUGCUCAGCUGCCAACUAAAAACAUCAGUGGUUCGAAUGCACCGGCGGCUCCACGGGAGAAGAGAUGUGGCAGUCUGCUUCCGUAAAUGUUUGCAGCCUCGGGGACCCGAUGGAGCAGUUCUAAAUGCCCUGAAGGGUCCCUAUCGUCAGAAUCGACUCCAGCAAACAUAUUUAAGGGCUACCUCUCCGCAAGGCUCAUAGCAACGGCCAGGGGAGUUUUACAGUCCCCGCACCUGCACCUUUGUUUACGCCAUUUCUGACAGAGUGGGCCCUCUCCAUCUAAAUUCUCUGGUCAUACAGCACAAAGUCCCAGUGUUGUCUGUGACCAGUGAUGUCAAGUGACCCUAAUAUCUUGAAACUCCCCAUAUGAGGGUCCCUGAGAAACAGAAUGAGAUUACUGAAGGUAACAAGGACCCCAAGUUGGGAGUGUGAGGAAGCCGUGGAUGCUGUGAGCUGGGCUUACUGGCUAAGGUUACAGGGAGCAGAAGGACGGUGACAAGGGCCUGUGCUAGGGCAAGGGCAGCUGGAGUAAGGGGCGAAGGGGGAGCCCAGAGACCUGGGAUUUCGUAUGGGUAACGGGUAGAGAGGAAUGCAUCAAGAGGGGCACCAGUUCACCCUCCUUCCUUGCCUGUCAGUGGAUGGGGAGUGCCGGGCUGUAUCGGGCUCAGCAAACACUAAGUCUGGUGGCUGGCUUCAAGGGCAGCUGGGAUGGGAGGGUAGAGAAGUGCAGUCAGGACUGACCCCAAGGGGGCUCUGCUUUGAGGCUGGGAUGGCUUAUCCUGGCCAGGCCUUGGGAGGAAGGGCAGGACCUUGCCAGGCCUGGAAGACAUCAGGGAAAAGCCUGAGACCUUGGAGGAUAAGAAACACAUUAAGGACUUUUACAGGACUAUCUGAUCCUCCCAACCCCAUUUUAGCAGCCCUGGUGGUGCAAUGGUUAAGAGCUCGGCUGCAAACCAAAAGGUCAGCGGUUGGAAUCCACCAGCCACUCCUUGGAAACCCGAUGCGAAAGUUCUACUCUGACCUAUUGGGUCCCUAUGAGUCGGAAUCAACGGCAGAGUUUGAUUUUUUUUUUUUUUUGGUAUCCCUGUUUUAUAGAUAGGGAAAGCGUUUGGACGGGGCUUAGCUGGCUCAAGACCACACGGCCCAGUUUGAGGCAGAGCUGGAAACUGAACCCAAGUCUGAAGUCAGAGCUUUUGUGAUUUCUACCCCACCAGUGGGUUCAGUCUUCCCUCCCUCUCCUGGUUUCAUUUGAGCUGUGAGGAACAGCAAGGUGUUAU